CCUUUGGAAACUUUUUAGGUCUUGAUUUUGUUAACCGAAACAAGUCGAGAGAGAGAAAAUAUCCAUGGCGCCGAAGGCAGAGAAGAAACCCGCCGAGAAGAAACCCGCUGAGAAGAAACCGGCGGAGGAGAAGCCAAAGGCCGAGAAAGCUCCGGCAGAGAAGAAGCCGAAGGCUGGGAAAAAGCUUCCAAAGGAGGCCGGUGCAGGCGGCGAUAGGAAGAAGAAAAUGAAGAAGAAGAGUGUCGAGACCUACAAGAUCUACAUCUUCAAGGUCUUGAAGCAGGUUCAUCCCGACAUCGGAAUCUCAAGCAAGGCUAUGGGGAUCAUGAACAGCUUCAUCAACGAUAUCUUCGAGAAACUCGCUCAGGAAGCUUCGAAGCUCGCGAGGUACAAUAAGAAACCUACAAUCACAUCCCGCGAGAUUCAGACCGCCGUCAGACUUGUUCUUCCUGGUGAACUGGCGAAACAUGCUGUUUCUGAAGGGACGAAGGCCGUAACCAAAUUUACUAGCUCCUGAACUGUUAACUAGGGUUUUCUAAAUCCGGCUGCUACAUUGGAUUUUGAAAGUUUGGAGAACUGGAUAACAGUUAGAGAUCGUUUGUUAAAUUUCUAUGUUAGUUUUUGUUUCCCAGUUUUUUGUGCUGUAAUUACUCCUGUCGUUAUGUAAGCUGAGGUUCAAUUCUCUCUUCUCUGUUGAUUAUGUGAGCUCUCCAAUGGAUCCUUUGUCAAAAUGUCUGUCAUUCUGUUUACAGUUCAGUACACUACUAUUGAUUUCUC